AUGUCCCCAUUGGUUUCAAGUACCCACGGUUCUAUCCCGGGGAAGUCGGAGCUGCUCAAAUCAGGGAGCCCCAAGUCGACACUAAAGCAUAUAUGGACAGAAAGCAGUAAGGACUUGUCCAUCAGUCGACUUCUAUCACAGACUCUCCAUGGGAAGGAAAAUGCAACAGCCCUGGACCUGCACUAUGACACUCCGGAGCCUUACUCAGAGCAGGACCUCUGGGACUGGCUGAGGAAUACCACGGACCUACAGGACUCCAGGCCUCGAGCCAAACGGCGGCCAAUGGUCAAGACGGGCAAGUUCAAGAAAAUGUUCGGCUGGGGAGAUUUCCACUCCAACAUCAAAACGGUCAAGCUCAACCUUCUGAUCACCGGUAAGAUCGUCGAUCACGGCAACGGCACCUUCAGCGUCUUCUUCCGCCAUAACUCCACGGGCCAGGGCAACGUGUCCGUCAGCCUGGUCCCGCCGAGCAAAAUCGUUGAGUUUGAUUUGACGGCCCAGCAGUCGGUCAUUGACUCCAAGGAUUCCAAGUCCUUCAACUGCCGCAUCGAGUACGAGAAAGUUGAGAAGGGCUCCAAGAACACGCUCUGCAACUUCGACCCGUCCAAGACAUGUUACCAAGAGCAGACACAAAGCCACGUAUCCUGGCUCUGCUCAAAGCCCUUCAAAGUCAUUUGCAUUUACAUCUCCUUCUACAGCACCGACUACAAGCUUGUGCAGAAAGUCUGCCCAGAUUAUAACUACCACAGUGAUACUCCUUACUUCCCUUCCGGCUGAAGGUAGCCGCUGACGUCCCACAUGAAGGACAACGAGGCAAAGGAUGGAGCUCUCUCCCCAUCCACAACAAAUACAUGUUCCCCGUACUGCCCAUACCAUGCGCUCAUGGCCCAGAUCUAUUAAAACAACUUGAAAAGAGAAGUAUUUGACUAUUUGCACAAGGACCACACGAAAACUUUCAUUUGAGGGCAUAAUGUAGUGCUUUUGUUUGCUCACUUGGUAUGCUUUAAGUUACGGCACACAUUAUUGUUAAUUUAUUGUUUAUAUAUUUUAAUGUUCUUAGAAUAUUAUUUUACCACUGGGGUGUUGCUUGUAUGACCAUGUACACUCACACUUUUGUCCUGUAAUGUUCUGUUUUAAUUUAG